AUGGAUCCACCCUCAGCACCCUCACCCUGGGCCCAGUGCUUCGACAUCGUGAAGCAUAACUUCGGAGCCACUGACCAGGACCUUGAGCGGCUCUAUAGACUGCUCAGUUUCAGGAGCAAAGGGGGUCAAGUUCAAGUUGUGGCCAGUGAGCUUGGGCGAGCGCGGCUGCUGCCAAAGGAGGUCAUCACGACCUUUGCCAGAGAGCAGUUGCACCCAGAGGGCGGAUGGAACGCUGUGGCUAGCCUCGGCGUAACGGAUCCCAGACUUGUUGUAAGGGAAAGCCCACAGGAGCUCCCAACAUCCAAAACGGAUUGCAAAACAUAA